AUGAACAAUCAGUACAUCCGCCGGGAGGUAUUCUGUGGGAACACCUGUCACGAGCUGAAACGUUUCUGGGAAAGAGAAAUUGGCAAACAGACUUACUACCGAGAAUCGGAGGAACAUCGUCUAGGAAGAAGUGCACUAAGAAAGCUCAGAGAAGAAUGGAAGCAGAGGCUGGAAACAAAACUGAGGCUGAGGAACAAUCCAGAAGAAACUGAAAAGCGGACACAUGUUGGCUGAGAGCUUCCUGCUUCAUUGACACGAGAGGAUGCAAAGCACUGAGGUCACUCUGCCAGGAGAAGGCAACGCAUAUCCCUGAAUCCCUUUGCUAUACCAAACAGAUCUCACACUAUUGUUUCCCACCUGUGAGAGGAUUUAUCUGUAAAUCCUUUCCCAGUGCUCCAUGGGAGUUAUUAGCCCAGUCAGUCCUCUCUGCAUGGCAGCCAGGUUAUUAUUCCAAAUGUCUCUAAAGAUGAGCUUAUUUUAUAU